GCGUUGCCAUUUCACACUCUUAAGGUCAUACACCUAACAGAGGAAGAAGCCUCCCUUUUUCUCUAGGGUUUUCUUUCUUUCUUUCUUUCUUUCUUGGCCUUUACUUCAAUCCAAGAGACCAGAAGAGAAGAGGAAGAGUUCCAUUCGGUUUUGUAAUGGCGCUCUAUUCUCUCUUCAGAUCCGCGCCUUCCGCCGCCGCCGCCGCCGCUACUGUGGUGGAUUCUUCUCGUCCUUCUGAUCGAUGCAAGGUGUCUUGCAUUGGUUUCAAUAGCAAUGCGGACUCACUGAAGGUUCAGACCACCAUAUUUGGUACUCCUUGUAUUGGAAAUUCAUCUUCCUUACAGAAAUGCAGUGUCAGGAGUCUCCAGCCCAUCAAAGCCACAGCCACAGAAUUGCCUCCUACAGUUCAAAAGUCAUGGAGCAGUGGGCAGACAAAGAUUGGAAUCAAUGGUUUUGGUCGAAUUGGAAGGUUGGUUUUACGAGUAGCAACCUCUAGGGAUGAUAUUGAUGUGGUAGCAGUCAAUGAUCCAUUUGUUGAUGCCAAAUACAUGGCUUACAUGUUCAAGUAUGAUUCUACUCAUGGAGUUUUCAAGGGAACCAUCAAGGUAUUGGAUGAGUCCACUUUGGAAAUCAAUGGCAAGCAGAUAAAAGUUACAAGCAAAAGGGACCCAUCAGAAAUCCCUUGGGGUGAUUAUGGGAUUGAUUAUGUUGUCGAAUCUUCUGGAGUUUUCACAACAACCGAGAAGGCUUCUGCACACAUAAAGGGUGGUGCCAAGAAAGUGGUAAUUUCAGCUCCAUCAGCUGAUGCACCGAUGUUUGUGGUAGGAGUAAAUGAGACUUCAUACAAGCCAAGCAUGGAUAUCGUUUCUAAUGCAAGCUGUACCACCAAUUGCCUUGCUCCUCUUGCCAAGGUUGUUCAUGAGGAAUUUGGUAUCGUUGAAGGUUUAAUGACAACUGUGCAUGCCACUACAGCCACACAGAAGACCGUGGAUGGGCCUUCAAUGAAGGAUUGGCGAGGGGGCCGAGGUGCUUCACAAAAUAUCAUCCCAAGCUCCACUGGUGCUGCAAAGGCUGUUGGAAAAGUCCUUCCAGAACUCAACGGAAAGCUCACUGGAAUGGCCUUCCGUGUUCCAACACCUAAUGUCUCUGUUGUGGACUUAACUUGUCGACUUAAGAAGAGUGCUACAUAUGAAGAUGUCAAAGCAGCCGUAAAGUAUUCCUCAGAGGGGCCAUUGAAGGGUAUUCUUGGAUACACGGAUGAGGAUGUUGUCUCCAAUGAUUUUGUUGGUGACUCAAGGUCAAGUAUAUUUGAUGCAAAGGCCGGGAUAGGGCUGAGUGCUUCCUUCAUGAAGCUGGUUGCAUGGUAUGACAACGAAUGGGGAUACAGCAACCGAGUGCUGGACCUCAUAGAGCACAUGGCAUUGGUGGCGGCCAACAAAUGAGAACAAGAAACUAGUAGAGGUUUGCCAAACCUGCAUCUUCUCCAAUUUUUAUGCCUGCAAUGAAUAUGCUUGAAAGAGUAGGAGUUCAUAGGUGGUUUGGCCAAACUAUGAAAUAAUGAAUGAGAUUUGAACAUUAACCUGUAUGAGUUGAUGGAUAAGUGGUAUUUUUUCUUGAUUGGUGGUAUCUUUUUGAUACAAAUUAAGGUAUAAAGCAAUAGGGACCUAGUUGGAUAAGUGGUAUGCGAUAGGGACCUAGUUGGAUUAGUGGUAUUUCUUCUUGAUUGGUAUCGCAUCCAAACCCAAGAUAUUGAUGCGAUAUUUAAGUGCAAUGUUUUUAUUUUAUGCUUGAAAGGUAAAUGUGAAAGUCUCUUACUUCAAUUAUAGUAUGCAAUGUUUUUGUCA